AUGGAAGUGAUUUUACUUUUAACAUUUCUCUUGCAGCAGGCAUUCAUGGGUGCUUCUUGUUUAUACUUAAAUUCAACAAUAGAUGUCGACAAUCCACCGUACUCAGAUUCACCGUCAAUACAUCAAUUAGCCAUUUACGCAGCAACCCAUCCGAAUAGCACAGCUUUUGCUGAAAAUGCUGUUGGAAUCGUCUACCCUACGUUGACGGCUUCACAAGCCAUAGGUUCUCGAGGUCCUAUUUUACUACAAGAUUUCUUUCUCAUUGAAAAACUGCAGGCCUUUAAUCGUGAGCCAGAGUUGUGCAUGCAAAAGGAGCAGGCAGCUUUUCUUCAACCUGGUAAACGUACGAAAGUUGUAGCACGUUUAUCAGGUGCUAAUGCUGAUGCGGGAGCACCAGACACUUUCCUAAACGACUUCAAAGGAUUCGCCGUCAAGUUUUAUACCGAAGAAGGAAUACACGAUUUACUGUCGCUAAAUGUAAGAAAUUUCUUUUUGCGUGAUGCAGUUCUAUUUGAUGCUAUGAAUAGGGCGUUUAAACGUAAUCCACAAACUCACCUGUUUGACCCAUCUGCAUUAAUGGAUAUGAUAUCUGAACGACCUGAGAUGACAACGUUUUUAUUGUUAAUUAUGUCAGAUGCAAUCGUCCCCAAAUCAUAUCGAAGUGUGAGAGCAUUCGCAUUAAAUACGUACAAAAUGGUUAACUCACAUGGUGAAGCAGUUUAUGUUAAAUUUCAUUGGGUCCCUCAUACGAAAGAAGAAUUCUUCACUUUGGAAGACGCUGUUAAAAUGUAUGUACUUCCCAAUGUGCUGAUACAAGAUCUCUAUGACAACAUUGCAAAAAAGAAUUUUGCAUCAUGGACAUUGUCGAUUCAAGUGAUGACAUUUGAUCAAGCCGAAAAGCAUCCCGAAAAUCCAUUCGAUCCGACUAAGAACUGGAAAACUGAUGAAUAUCCACUGAUACCCGUUGGUACAUUGACGUUAAAUGAAAAUCACAAAAACUAUUUUAUUAAUGUUGAACAAAUUGCGUUCAGUCCAUCUAAUAUGGUGCGAGGAAUUGAGUCUAGUCCAGAUCGUGUACUUCAAGCAAGACUAUUCACUUAUCCUGAUGCUCAACUUUACAGACUCGGAACUAACUUUGCUCAAAUACCCGUUAACGCUUGUCCUUUUGAAGUAAAAACUUAUCGAGUAAACGGACCCAUGAAUGUUGGUAGGAAUGGUGAAGAUGCUCCCGACUACUAUCCAAAUACUUUCCAUGGUAUCAAUUCGAACGAUAAUCGUUCAUUUAAGCAAAACGUCUUCUAUGUUAGUGGUGACGUGGAUCGAGUAGACACUGGUAACGACGACAACUUCACACCAGCGAAAUAUCAUUGGGAACAUGAAAUUUGUGCCGAUGAACGUAAGAGCAUUAUAUCGAAUUUGAUAACUAAUCUGAGUCCGGUUGAGAAGCGAAUUCAAAAAAAGGUCCUGCAACGGAAUCUUUACACUGUGAAUAAGGAGUUAGGAGACAAAGUUAAAGCUGGUUUGCAUUUAUAA